AUGGCCUCGAGCCUGGACCCGACCGAUGGCAGUACACCGUGGUCGCUCGUCAGUCACGGCAUCGCCGAGAAGCUCUUCACGGUUGACAAGAUGGGCCAGGUCGUGCCGCAGAUGGCGGAGACGGUGACAAGAAUUGAUACGUACACUUGGACGGUGACCCUCGCCGGGGGCAAGACGUUCUCCGACGGCCAGGCGGUCCUUGCCGAGCACGUCGUGACCGCCCUCACGACGCAGAACGCGGAGAACCCCAAUGGGAAUGACGCGCUGGGCGAGAUGACUGUCACGAAGGUGAACGACAGCACAAUCCAGAUCGUGUCCACCAUUGCCCACCCCGCGAUGGACGCUGCCCUCGCUAAUUGGGUCUUCGGGGGCUGGCGGAUUUUCCUCAAGAGCGGCGACAAUUACAUUUACAGCGGUCCUUACAUGGUCGAGAGCAUGACGCCGGGGGACACCAUCCAACUCGCCCCCAACGCGUAUUACACGGAUGGCCCAACGCUCCCGGUGACCAUCAAGAAAUAUUCGAGCGGAGACGCGUUGGCCGACGCGCUUAAGGCCAAGCAGGUGGACAUGGCCUUCCACCUCCCGAUCGACUCGCUGGCAGAGGUGGACGCGGUCGAGGGCGUCACCACCAAAUCUUUCGACGUGGGCUACCUGUACAUGAUGUUCCACAACACGCGUAGCACGUCGCCUCUGUCGGAUCUCAAUGUGCGUCAGGCGGUGGACCUGAUCAUUGACCGCAAGGCCCUGAGGCAGGCGCUGCAAGGCGGCGAUGAAACCCGCAGCCUGUUCCUUGAGGACACCCCGUACUUGAAGCCAGACGCUUCUGGUACGCUGCAGGAAGACCAGAGCGCGGCCGAGGACCUCCUCACAAACGCGGGGUGGCUCCUCGAGAACGGCAAACGAAUGAAGAACGGAAUCGAGCUGAGCCUGACCCUUUAUUCCUACCCGUUCCGCCCAGACCUCGGGACCAUGAGGCCGCUGAUCCAGGCAUCGCUCGAGUCCCUGGGCAUCACUGUGAAUGGAGGGGACGUCUGUCUCUGGGAAGAUGCCUACGCAGCCAUCCUGGCCGACAAUGACUACGACCUCCUGAUGUGGGCCCAGCACACACUGCCAAACGGAGACCCGCAGUGGUUCCUCAACGCCUUCUUCCGCGGAGAUCCCAUGGACAGCCGCAACUACGCGGGAAUCAACUCGAGCACGGUCGACAGCCUUCUCGACGCCCUCGCCCUCGCUGGACACGCAAACAACGAGAGGGUCAAUGCUGCGAUGGCAGUUCACACCGAGAUCCUCGACGAGGUUGCUGUGAGCAGCCUGGUUUUCCCGGAGUGGCAUGUCGGAUUGAGCGAAAGGCUGGCCGCUUACGACCCGUGGGGCUCGGACUACUACGUGAUCCGUUCUGACUUCGAGGCCUCUUUUGCUUCGACUCCGGCUCCGACUGCGAAUCCGACUCCUGCUCCAACUCGGGCUCCCACUCCGGCUCCGACUCCAGCGGCGGCUACGACUCCAGAUCCGCUCGAAGGUGGCGAGGUGGGCGGCGCGGGCCGCGAGGCGCUCCUCGGAGGCCUGGCGGCCGCGUGCCUCGUGCCGCUCGCCGCGGCCUGA